AUGGCCACGGAGGGAGCUGCAGAGGAGGAGGAGACUGCUGAUGUAACGCCAGGGACCAGGCGCCGAGAGAGUGCUGUGGCCUUUCAGCUGCCAGAGGAACCAGCUGUGCGGGUGCAGACAGUUCCAGACUCCGGCAGGUCGGCUUCGCAUGAGGUGCCCAGAAUUUCCCUCCGCCGGCCCAGCCGGGCGAAGUCGGCGGCUGACCUGGAAGGGAGCGAGAGGACUGCUCCUGGCAAGGAUGAUGUGGACAAGCAGGACCCGCCAAGAGAAGACGCAGUGCCGUUCGUUCGCAAGACCCGCCGGCUGAGAACCGGCGAAGCUGUACAGAGGUGCAAGAGCGAUGACAGAGCGCCGAAGGAGAAGCCUCAGACGAGCCUGGCCGUUCCAUCGACGGUCCGACGCGCGAGAAGCGUCUCGAAUUCCAGGCUCGAGGUGGAUGAUGCUACGGAGGAUUCCAGCAACUCCCCAGCGCCGGUGACCCGAAAGCCUCGGCGGAUUCGGACUGUGGAGCGGCAGAGGAAGUCGCCGGAGCCUUCCACAUCUUCGAAGUCAGAGGACGAGACAGGCGACAACCUGGUACCUGUCUUGCGCAGUGCUCGCAGAACCCGCACGCACUCCCCUGGCAGGCAGACGACGGUCGUCGAUCCGGGACAGGAAGCAGGUCACGAGGAGGAGCGAACCUCGAUCCUACGUGCGAACCGCAGGCACCGAACCCUGUCUCCAGGAUCCAGGCUUGGCCAAGAGCCUGCUCCGCGAGAUGUGGAUGAGGAGGACGUCGCUGCGAAGCCGACGCCCCGCGCGAACCGGAAGACUCAGCGGCUUCCGACAUUCGCGAAUCACAGUACCAGGGAGGCAGGCGAUGCUCCCCACUCAUCGCAGGCAGCGGAAGGCCCAUCCAAGCUCAAAAGCACCAAAACCAUGGGGCCACGUUCGCUGGCAGAAGCAGCGAGGAAGGCGGUGGCGGCCGCUGAUGCCGAGGAAGAGGAACGUGCAAAGAGCUCGCGAACACGGACGCCUCUCAAAGCCGUGGUGGACUUUGCAGGCGUCGCCAAUGCUGCAGCUAGUGCUGCACGCAAGGCUCGUCGACGGAUGACGAUAGCGAGGAAAGAGACCACGGCUACGCCAGCUGAAGCAGAGGAGGAGAAGCCUCCCCCUGCACCCAGAGAUCUGGAGUUGAUUCGGAUGACCUUCAGCAACGCCCGACGUGGCCUGGCGAUGGCAAGGGAGGCGAUGUCAUUGCAAAUUGUCUCACCGUUCUUCCUCCUUAAGACGGUCAUCAAGUCCCUGGGCAAAGCAGCUCUCAUCAUCAAGGAGAAGCGACGAGCCAGAGGCUGGAAAAUCUUGCGGGUUUUUCUGGCAGCGAAAAAGAGACAAGACUUCUUGAAGGCGCAGCAAGAAUACAACUCGCGAAUCCAGCUGGACGACAUUAUGGAGGAGCACUUGAAUAACAUCUUCUGGCAAUUUGUCAUCUUCGAGGUCGAUGCUUACGAG